AUGGCCUCUGGAUACGGCAGAAGUGGAGGUCCAUCGCGAUGCUUUCCCUUCUGGCAAGACCUCCUUGCUUGUUACGUGGUCAACUCAGCGGAUGGUGAAAGUGGAAAGCUGAAAUGUGUACCUGCGAUGGAGGACUACUACGAAUGCCUACACCAUAAAAAAGAGGCUGCAAGAACGAGAGUGAUGCAGAAUGCCUACCGCAAGGCCCUCACAGCACAUCCCCGAGAGAAUGUUCCACGCGCUGAAGAGAUCCGUUCGCUCGGUUUACUAAACAAGGAAGAUAUACAAUUCGGUAUACAGAAGGAAAGGGAUGCAAAAAUUGCAGCUGUGUCGCAAUAG